UGCGUGCGUGCGUGUGUGUGUGUGUGUUCAGUACCAGUAUAUAAACAGCAACACCUUUCCUCCCCUCAGUCCUUCUACCAUCAUGGAUCUGAAAGUUGCGUUUGUGAUUGUCUCUCUGUGCGCUUUUGCCAUCCCCUCAACUGAAGGUGGCAUCCCAAAAUGCUGCAUCAGAACCAAGAGGGACAUCCCUAUUGCAGUGCUGCGAAAGGUUCAGAGCUGGGAUGUGCAGCAAAGCAUCGGCGCCUGUGACAUCCCUGCACUGGUACUCCACGUGAGGGGCAAGGUGAAGCCCGUAUGUGCUCAUCCCAAGAUCAAAGAAGUCCUGGAGAGGCUUCGGUUGAGGAUGAAGCAGAGCAGGCAGAAGGUGGCUUACUGAGCUGUGGACUGCAAAAAGUUUUCACUAACUUUGUCUGUGUAUCUUGUGUUUUGUGUAUUUGGUGUUUCCAGAGCUUGUGUCAUACAGAAGCCCUUGUGAUUGUUUCUUUUUUGUAAUUGAUCAUGCAAAAUAUCUGUGAGUAGUUUAACUUGUGCCUUAGUAUGUCCAUUUUAAAUGACUUUAUAUCUUCACUCCACAACAUUUCAGAGGGAAACAUUGUAUUCUACACCCGACUGCAUUUAUUCCAGCUGUCGUCUCUUUUCGGGUUAAGAUUUAAGAUACAAAACUUAUGAUUAGUCUGAUGCAUUGUUCUGAUUUACACUACCUAACAGUACAUGAAGUAAUAAAAAUCACGUCCACUUUGGCUGUCUGCAGUAAUAGAUUACUGCUAACAUGCUAAUGCAGUAAAAAUGAUGAUCUGCUAAUAAAAUAGCGCAAUACUGACAAGGGCCAUUCUGUAGAACGAGUACUUUUACUAUUAACUGUAUCAGUAUAUUUUUUUAUAAUAGUUUCAUACUUCUGUACUUCUGCAAUACUGAAUACAUGAGUUUUACUUCUAAAAGUGUAUUUUUAUAGUGAGGAAUUGAUAUUUUCACUUAAGUAAAUGAUGAUGUGAAUACUUCUUCCACCACUGUAUUCAUGCAGAAAUUAUACAUAAAAAAAAUGUGAAAACUGUAA